AACUGUCGUGUACUUCCGUCGAACGGACAGAAGAGUUGUGAUAUGAGCUGCUUUUACAUGUUGCGACAUGUCUGUUACUGUAACGUUAUGACAAAGGUGGACCAGAUGUUGGUGUCCUUAUCCAGGAGAUAACUUACUGUUCAGACUAUGUUAAAUACGGCGCUUGUGAAGGGAUUAUUGAGUUUAUGCUGAGAGUUCUCUAAGAUCUGAUGCAAUAUGGCACCAACUCAUGUGAAAGGAGCGUUCCUGCGGACAGUCACAGGACUGCUCCGGGGGAAAGAGCCUCAACCCCAGCGCCUGUGUGCUCUGAGACUCACCAGACAUUUAUCCAGCGCCUCUUCGGAGAACCAGACAAAAGGAUAUCAGGUCCUCAGAGCUGCGGUGUCAGACGGACGUGGGGAGGAGGACAGCAGUAGUGGCAGUGGAGCUCAGAGGUGCCUCUUCGGAGCUUUAGCUGUAGGACUGGGGCUGAGCGGAGCAGCUUUACACUGCAUCAGUAAAGAGCAGGACAAAGACAGUUUUAAGAGCACAUGCUCGCUCAGAAACUCUCUGCCCCACUCUCUGCUCCCUGUAGCCCAGUGUGCUGCCCCAUACAGACCUGACAGUCCGCGAUACAAGUACAACUUCAUUGCAGAUGUGGUGGAGAAGUCAGCACCUGCUGUAGUGUACAUCGAGAUCGUAGGACGGCACCUGUUCUCUGGCCGAGAUAUCCCUGUCUCUAAUGGUUCUGGCUUCAUCAUCAGUAGCGAUGGCCUAAUAGUGACCAAUGCUCAUGUAGUAGCCAACAAGCGUGACGUUCGUGUCAAACUCACCAAUGGAGAGACUUACAAUGCCACCGUGCAGGAUGUGGACCAGGCUGCAGACAUUGCAACCAUUAAAAUCCAUCCCAAGCAUCCUCUGCCAACAUUGCGUCUUGGCAAGUCAUCGGAGGUGCGUCAAGGGGAGUUUGUGGUUGCCAUGGGGAGCCCCUUUGCGUUACGGAACACCAUCACUUCUGGUAUAGUCAGCUCAACUCAGAGAGGAAGCAAAGAACUGGGCCUGUCCAACCCCAACAUGGACUACAUACAGACUGAUGCUACCAUAGAUUUUGGGAACUCAGGUGGUCCUCUUAUUAAUUUGGAUGGUGAGGUAAUUGGCAUUAACACAAUGAAGGUGACUGCUGGGAUCUCCUUUGCCAUUCCUUCUGACAGAGUGCGCCUGUUCCUCGACCGUGCUGUAGAUAGAAAGAAGUCCUGGUUUGGUGAAUCUGAGACCAAACGGCGCUACAUAGGAGUGAUGAUGUUAACUCUCACACCCAGUAUAAUCGCAGAGCUGAAGAUGCGCGACCCCUCAUUCCCGGACGUGACCCAUGGAAUCCUCAUCCAUCGCAUCAUCGCCGGCUCUCCAGCUAGUAGAUCAGGUAUGAAGCCAGGAGACAUUGUGUUGGAGGUCAACGGGGUGAAAGUAAACACAUCAGAAGAGAUCUACAACGCUGUACGAACAUGUGACAGCAUCAAGAUGGUGGUCCGCAGGGGUCAAGACCUUCUUUUGCUGCAUAUGGUCCCUGAGUUUACAGAAUAACACCAGAAUGACUUAAUAAUGAUGGGAGAAAAAUAGUCGAAGGAGAAAGUUAAAGAAAAUGAUACAAAGGUGAGGCUAGAAAAAUAAGUAAGUUUAUGUGAAAUGUAGAGAAGAAGAAGGACAGAGAUGUGGCUUGUGAUAUUUCAGUAUGUAAGGAAUGAGGACAGUAAGGAGUGUCUGAAGCAGAACUGAAGAAUACACAGAAGUGUAGCAUAUCGAAUGGUUGUCUAGUUUAUUUGGGGUUAGGUUACCUAGCUUAAAGGAGUGUCAUGCUGGGGACAAAUCUACACAUAUACAGGUAGAAGACAAUGGAAAUGCCAUAUGAAAAAAUGGCAUUUUAAAGUGAUUAAAAAGCAUUGUACAUCUAUUGACAGUUAUGGCAAAAGGCAUUAUUAUAGAAAAUUACAAUUCUAUUGAGAAUUUGAUCAGUUGUGAAAGGAGACUAACAGUUUGCAAAGCUGAUGUUUAGAAAUUGGCUUAGAUUUGUUUGUAAAAGGUAAAAUUAAGUAUGAAAAGAUGUGCAAACUGUUGGCCAAAAAGCAUUGAAAAAGAAACAAUAUUCUAUGCUUUCCACAUCUGGAUGUAUUUUUCUUUUGAGAAAACUAGAAAAACACUUUGUCCACAUUUUUCAGCCCUUCUCGCUUUUCAGUUCACCAGUUCAAUAAGAAAUGGCACCUCUUCUUAAAAAAAAAGUGAUCCAGUGUAUUUGAAUGAAAAUUGUUUCCAAAAUGUACAACACUGUUCUGAUGACUACAAAAUAAAUCUAAACACAAAGAUUCUUAAUUACUGAUGUUCACUGAUCCACAUGUUGCUUAGUAUUUCUAUUUUGUCUACCCCUGUAUAUGUGAACGAAGGUGUCUCACUGGUACCUGUCUACUGUUAUCUGCUCUAUAUCCUUUCUAACGGUUGAUCAAUGCUCAUUAAACAAGAAAGUGGCAUAAAAACUG